AAAAUAUGGCUAAUAAGGGGGGAAUAAAGUAAAUAUAAGCAUGCUGUUACGAAAUUCGUGCAUUGUUUUAGAAGGGACAUCGAGUCCAGUAACCACCUUGUACUUGGCGCCCCACGGUCCAGUACCACUGAUAUACGGUGAUUGAUAUAAACACCCUUGUUUUAAACUUCUAGAACUGCUGCCUUCCCGGAUUUUCGGUUUUCAGAGCUUAGACUAGAAUUGCGUACUGAAUAGAAUGGAGUGCGCAUAGAAGAGGUAGCCCACGCGGUUUUGCGGGUGGUUUUACAGGUGAGCGGUUUACGGUUCAUGCCUGCCAGCCAACCAACCCUCCCUUUCUGAAAAGCGAGACGGUUGUUGAAGAUGGAACCCAAAACCGGAAACCCCCCCAUUCCCUCUUCUUCGCCCCCCUUCUUCUAAACCGAAAACAACGAACCGAACCCUUCUUGCCAGUCCCCAACCCCCCCUCUCACCCUACUACUAUUUUGAUAUAUAUGAAAGCAAGAAGAAUAUAAGGAGGAGGAGAAGAAGAAAAGGAUCAAGAAGAAGAGAAGAGGGGAUGGUAGUGAUGGAAGGUGGGGGAGGGGAGAGAGUGGAUGGAGAGCAGCGGAUCAAAGGUUCGUGGAGCCAGGAAGAGGACGCCCAGCUAAAGCGGCUGGUGGAGCGUCACGGACCCCGGAAUUGGACUCUGAUUAGCUCAGGGAUUCCCGGCCGGUCCGGCAAGUCGUGCCGCCUUCGUUGGUGCAACCAGCUCAGCCCUGCCGUCCACCACCGUCCGUUCACUCCGGCUGAGGACGCCGUCAUUGUCGCCGCCCACGCCAAGUACGGCAACAAGUGGGCCACCAUCGCCCGCCAACUCCCCGGCCGCACCGACAACGCCAUCAAGAACCACUGGAACUCCACUCUCCGCCGCCGCCGCCGCCGUGCCGUCGCUGCCGCCAUCGCCCCUGCCACCCCCGCUUCUGUUCCAGUUCCCUUAGCCGCCGAUUCCGCCGACCCCGAUGAGUCCGACUCGGAGACGGCGGGCAAGCGGCCGUGCAGGAGGGAUGAAGUCAGCGGGAGAGAGGUGGCGACGGUGGUUGUGGCGGCGAUGCCUGCCCCUUCGCCUCCGCCUCCCCCGCCGCCCCUGCGGCCGCCGUUGGUGCCGAUCGCGGCGGAUCUGGCGACGUCGCUGACGCUGAGCCCGCCGGGGGAGGGCGGCGCCGCCGGGGGCGGUGGAGGAGGGGUGCGGGGGGAGGCGCGGUGGGACGCGGAGAUGCGGGAGAUGUGCUUGGUGUCGAUAAUGCGGGAGAUGAUCGCGGAGGAGGUGAGGAGUUACAUCAACAGACUGCGAUCGGAGGGCGGCGGUGCCAUCCCCAUCAUCGUCUCGUCCGACUCCGCAUCCAGCCGUCAGGAUUAGAUCUCCUCCACCGCUUGCUCCCUCUUUGCGUUUCAAAUGUAAAUAAAGUACAUCAGCCCCAGCGCUACCGUGAAUGUUUCUGAAAAAAGAAAUCUUGAAGGAGUAGUUUUUUCUUUGAUAUUUUA